UCCAACGGCUGUGGAUAAACUUCAGCCACCACGAUCGAUCUCAGCUGUUGAAACCAUCCCAGACCUUGCAGCAUUUGUUUAUGAGCCUGGUCCCUUAGUCCAGGCGUUGUUUUGUUGUUGAAUUCUAAGUUGCAAAUUCGUAUUAGGCCUUUCUCUCUCUCUCCUUUCUUUCUUUCUCUCUCUUUGCGUUUUGAUCUCAACGUCUUCUCUUCCAUUAUCGUCAAAACGAAAUUAAUCCAACUUUUCACAUUUCUUUCGCUAACCCCAUUGCUGCAAAAAUUUCUGCUUUAACAAUGGAUACAAUGCUGGUGCCACCAUGGCUGGAGUCAUUGCUAAGUACAGCCUUUUUCACAGUUUGCAGGACGCAUGGAGAUGCAGCUAGGGGUGAAUGUAACAUGUAUUGUUUAGACUGUAAGGGAGAUGCAUUUUGCUUUUAUUGCCUUUCUUCUAAACACAAGGAUCAUCAAGUAAUUCAGAUAAGGAGAUCUUCAUAUCAUGAUGUAGUGAGGGUUACAGAGAUUCAAAAGGUGUUGGAUAUAAGUGGGGUACAAACUUAUGUGAUAAACAGUGCCAGGGUUCUAUUUCUGAAUGAGAGGCCUCAACCAAAAUCUGGAAAAGGAGUAGCUCAUAUAUGUGAAAUCUGUGGAAGAAGCCUCUUGGACCCAUUUCGUUUUUGUUCUUUGGGAUGUAAGCUUGUAGGGAUAAAGAGAAAUGGGAAUGCAAGCUUUACCUUAGAGGCUAAGAAUGAUGUAGUAAUGGAUAAAAGAGAAGGCAUGUCAAGGGAGGAAGAGGAAUUGCGUGAAGGGUCGCAACAAGACAUUUACCCGCCCACGCCUCCCCCGCCUCCUUCAAGUGCAAGGAGAAGAAAAGGAAUUCCUCACCGGGCGCCUUUUGGGUCCUAGAAAUGCAACUCAAAAGCAACUAGUAGUCCCAGUAUAAUAUUCAAAUUUCAGAAAUUACAAUUGUUCGGGGGGUGCUCUUUGUCCUAACUAAGGGAGCUGUAGGGCACCAGUUUGGUUAGGGUGUCCAAAAAACAAAAGGGCAAGUAAGUUUGCCUUUUGGAUUUGGGUCCCAUUUACAACAAAUCCCUCUCUUGUGAACAAGCCAAUAAUGCAAGAAUUGAGAAAUGUUAUUAUUGAUAGUUGCAAGGUGUACAUUGUAAUUAAGAAAUUAAAAGACAAGUCUUUGUGGAGUCCGUUUUAUAGUUUUCAUGGGUCCACCAACCACAUGGGCCGUUCACAUAAAGAAGCAACUUUUUAUUGUUUAAUUCAUGUAAUGGGGCUAAU